AUGGAUGCCACGCUUGUCGUUACUGCGGUUUCUCCACAGGGCCUUGGCGAGCAGCCGGGACCACCUCGCCAACUACUUGGGGAGCGCCUCCCACCCGCAGUGGACGACGACCUCGACGACCUCGACGGCGACCUCUCGCUUUUGGCCAACACCCACCACGUGCUGGUCCGCCACUUCGAGCUGGACUUGGAGGUGUACCUGAGCGGCCGGGUGAUGGCGGGGACCGUCGUCCUGGCCCUCGAACCCAGAACCGGGACUCCCGGUGUCGCCCGAGACCCUGGGGACAGCCGGGCCCCGGGCCGCGGUGGGAGCGGGGAGGAUAUCGCACUGGUCCUGGACUGCCAUGGCCUGGCGGUGUCCGCGGCGGAGGAGGUGGCGGCGGCGGAGGAGGUGGCAUCCAUCCAGUUGCCCUUCGCCGUGGACCCCUGGAGCUUACGGAUCUGGAAGCCGGGGGUCCCCACGGCCUCGCUCUUCCCCCGCCUCCUCCGCAUCUGCUUCAGGACCAGGCCGCGAGGCUGCACCCUUGCCUGGACCGUCGACCAGAGCGGCAAGCCGUGCGUCUACACAGCGGGCUCGCCGAUCAACAACCGGGCCCUGUUCCCGUGCCAGGACGCCCCCGAGGCCCUGUCCACCUGGGGGGCCAUGAUCCACGCCAACACCAACCUGGUGGUCCUGACCAGUGGCGAGAAGGAGGCCCGGCCCGGCCCCAUCCACGGAGGCCGCCGCAGCUGGAGCUCAGGGGUGACCAGGCCCAUGCCCGCCUCCACCUUCGCCCUCGCCGUCGGGAGCUGGGUUCGAGUGGAGCCCCCACCCCGGACGCCCAGGCCGGCCAACCUCGGGUGGCCGGGAAGGGCGGUGCGGCCUAGUGGAAAGAGCCGGGGCCCCAGCCCCUCCGGCCGGCUUCGGCCCGCCUGCGCCCGGCUCCUGCUGCCCAUGGUCCCUCGCUGCCUCGCCACCGCCCGCGCCACCCUGGGCCCGCAUCCCUUCCGCCGCCUCGACCUCCUCGUCGUCCCCGCCAACUUCGCCAGCCUAGGGAUGGCCAGCCCCCACCUGACCUUCCUGUCUCAGAGUGUCCUGUCCAGAGGCGGGCAACUGUGUGGACCCCACCUGUGCCACGAGGUAGCCCACGCCUGGUUUGGCUUGGCCAUCGGGGCCCGGGACUGGACCGAGGAGUGGCUCAGCGAAGGCUUCGCCACCCACCUGGAAGAUGUGAUCUGGGCCAAGGCGCAGCAGCUGACGCCGGAGGAGGCCCAGGAACAGCAGGACCUGAAAGCGUCCGUCCGCUGGAUAAGACUCCGGGACGAGGUGACCAACUCACAGGAGGAGUUGCAAGUGCUGAGACCCCAUGGGGAGAAGACCGGAUGGAUGGACGAGUCUGGAGCGUCGGGCUUGAAACAUGGACUCAGUCGGGAGAAAUCUUGCCUCCAGGUGCACUAUCUGAAGGGCUACUUCCUCCUCAGGUUCCUGGCCAGCAAGGUCGGAGAGGCGAUGUACUGGACGUUUUUAAGGAGCUUCGUACAGAGUUUCAACGGCCGGCUGAUCCUCUCCCAGGACUUUCUCCAGAUGCUCCUUGAGAAAGUGCCGGAAGACAGAAGAAGGCUCGGGCUGUCGGUGGAAAGCAUCGUCCAGACGUGGCUGGACUGUCCUGGACUCCCCGAGCCGCUGCUGGCCCACAGCCAGCCCGGGGCCACCUGUCGCCUCGUCUGGCAAGUCACCGAGGAGGUGGCAAAGUGGAUCCGCUUCAACACCAGCCCCCGGAAGAGGAAGAGAGCGGAAGCCGAAGGAUUCGCCAAGGAGCUGCUCGCGGACCAGUUGCUGUUACUCCUGGAGGGCUUGCUGGAGGAGGAGGCGUCCACUUUGGCGGUCAACACACUGCAGCGGCUCCAAUGGGCCUACCAACUGCGGCAGCAGGAUGCUGAGGUCGUCCACCGCUGUUGUGAGUUUGUGGUGAAACACGGGCACGUGGCAGCCUACAAAGACGUGGAGCGCUUCCUCCUGGGCCACCAGGCUCUGGGAAUCUACUUGUACGCGGAGCUGAUGGUGGGAGAAGAUGCCAAGCAACAGGCCCUGGCACGACGCUGCUUCCACAAGCUCCAGGGACACAUGGAUCCCUCCCUGGCAGGCCUGGUCUCCCACAUGAUCUUCUGAGGAAGAGGAGGAGGAGGAGGAGGAGGAGGGGGGUCUUCCCAUCACGAGAGCCAGUUUUCCCACAAGGCCGAGCCACCGACCACCAGAGCGGAGACCACCGACGCCACUCGUCCACCGCCCAGUACAUUCAGGGGUAUUUACUGAGCGCCUCCCUGGGUGCACAGCACUGGACUAAGCGCUCCUGCACUUUGGGCCUGUCCCACGCAUGCAGCGAUGCCCACGUCCAUCCUCCUAAACCUUGAACCCAUUAUUGAGUAGGGCCCGUCUCUAUCAGU